UCGGUGAACACGGUAUGGAUCUCUUCCAUCUCGGGCGUUUGGGAAAGUUCAUGGGGAUGUACAAAUCGCUCGAGGAAUGUCCUGAGGAUGAUGUCGGCAACAUCUUCAUCUCCUCAGAGUUAAUACGGUACCUUCAAGCAUCGGUAGUUGCGUUUAUGACGGAUGCCGUACACCGUGCGACCGUCACGUGGAAGGGACAGGCUAAUGAACUCAAGGGCCAGAAGAAGGUUUGGAAGGGCACGCUGCACCAGAUAAACCAACGAGCUGUCGAGCAUGCAUUAAAGACAAUCGGUGUAAGGACCUUGAGUCAGCAAGAGCACUUCUCAAGGCUCCUUGAUCAGUACGAUAUAUUCCCGGACAAACGGAGGCGCAAGCCAAAAUCUAGCACCCCUGGAGAUGUGGAGGACGAACGAGCGCGUACUGCCGGACAUUCUCCCGACGCCGAAAGUUAUGACAUUGCACUCUCGCCUCAUCGUGCAAUAUACACGCCUGCAUUUCUCGCUCCCGCCUCGUUUGAUAUCGGUGUUGUGGACACUUUCUUACCGGGUUAUGAUGGACAGCUUCCAUCGAAAGCGCUGAUCAACGAGGAUUCACGCGAUGCGAUGGAGGGGUCGUUACUCUCGAAUGAGACAGACGAGGAGGCUCUAGAAGACGAGUUGAUGGAGGACGAGAUGUUGGAUCAGGUUGAUGUGGAAA